AUGCGGCGGAAUCCAGCCCGCCUAACGCCUACCAAGGCACCUUCCCCAGCGAGCGGCCCUCCGUCUCAUAGUCGCAACCCAUCGCGUGCGGAGUCCUUGUUACAUAUUACUGCCUCCAUUUCUGAUGCUUCGCCAAAGCAGGAUGGGAGUUUGGAGCAUUCGUCUGACGCAACCACAGAUGUGUCACACACCGCACAGAGCAAUGCGCGGAGACUGGAGGAGUUGAGAAAACAAAUGGAACAGACUUUAGUGAAUCAGCAAGCGCAACACCAUCACCAUUCCGUCAAAUCGUCCAAGGCAGGAACCGAUCGAAGUCGAAGCCCCCAACACAUGCAGCUUCCUUCUCCUGGCAGCGCGCCCCGUACUGCGAUCAACUCGAAACCCCAUUCACCAUUCGAUGUCUCUAUUUCCCAUAUCGGUUCUAACGGGUCAGCUACAACCGUCAAAGGUGCGAACUUGGCCAGUCGGACACCGGAUCUUCAUAUUCCCAAGACCCCGUCCUAUCCGUUCCCGCAAAUGCCAGCUUUACGGGGCCAACAUGCAACAUCAGACGCUCAGUUGCAGGCAGAUGCUGCGCAAACCCCCAGUCAUCGAGUGAAAGAAAAGUCUAAACGAACUGCCUCCAAGGCCCCGGGCACCAUUGAUAUGUCCCCUCCAAAGAUGAGGACCGGGUCUCACACUGCCUUCUUCAUACCCGAAAGCGCCAGUUUGUCCGAUGAUCCUAUGUAUCCGAGUCCGAAUCUCUAUGAUGUGAUUUUGAAACUGAAUUCCGAGCCGGGACUGGAAUCUUGGUGGAAUAACGUUAUCGAUAUUUUCCAGACGCAUUACGGAAUUGAAAGAGCCUCCCUUGCCGUUCCUGGUGAUGCCACUGAUCUAGAGAAUGUCCCAUGGGGCCAGAAAGCUAGUUUCAAUAUUAAUGAGCUGUUUGAAGUCGCCGAUCCUACAGCAUCAUCGUCAAAUGCUACGACUGCUUUCAUUGAUGGCGGCGCCCCGCAGGAUGACGAUACUUUGUCGAAAAACGAAGAUCUUGGAAACACACCGACGCAGAAGAAAAACUCCAAGAGACCGUCGUUGCUAGGACGGCAUUCUUUUGCUGGAUUUACCAAGGAUAGGAAGAACAUAGGCACUCCUCCUAUUAGCAUUACUGGUAAAUCUGCCUUCGAGAUUUCACCCACAGCAGCAUCAGAUGGCAACACGACGAGCAGCAGUGCCGAGUCGCCUUCUUUCCCCGCCUCCCAAGACAUGAAGCUGGGGCUACGCCCAUCGGGACUUCCUAUCUCCAGAGCCUCCUCUUCAAUGGCUGUCUUUGCUAUUCCGCGGGAUCUGGAAGCAGAAAACCAGCCGUUGGUCAAAAGAACGGGAAUCGUGAAACUCUUUGGUCGAAGUAAGCCCACUGUGUUGACCCGAGAAUAUGCAUAUGACCCAGCAGCGCCUUCAUCUGGCGAAGUCGAUGUGACUACCGCGGUACAUAGUCCAAGCGACGUCCUCCAAACCACACCAGCGGGCGAACCAUCGCCCUCCCUUCAUAUAGAUCCAAUUCAGGCUGAUAAAGACAAUACUAUGCCACCACCGACUCAGCGCCCAAGGUCCAAAUCGUCAGCACUCAAUCCAAAUGUUUUGCAAAACAAAAGGGAGUCGCUCGGUCAACACACAAUUCCAUUUUACGAAGAGUACGAACAAGUUCCAAGCUCGCCAUGGUCUCAAUCUCCCGCGCCAUCGCCCGCACCACGAGUCCAUCCCGAGCAGAAUCCUUUUUUCAUGAAUCAUGCAGUCGAUGAAACAGCUUUUGCGCAGGAUCCUCCACCUCACGACUAUGCUCAAGUACAACCCGUCGCUGCAAUUGGCAUCGACAGAUCGAAGAGUGUCGUUCAUAUCCCUUUAUUGCACGUAAAUAGCACAAAGGAACGCACAUCGGAAACGAUUCGGCUCCCUGUGGCUGUUCUUUCUUUUCUAUCUCCGAUCGUACCAUAUCCGGCUAAUUUGAGGUCUUCUCUAUUGUACUUGAUGCCCCAUCUUACAGCGUCCUAUCUAUUAGCCCACCAGUACAGUCAGCUCGAAAGACAACUGGUACCGGGAGUCUACAAACCACGCUAUGGUCAUCUUCUCGGCCUAGGCGGCACAUUUUCAGAUGCUAGCAGCGAGCUAGAAUUGGUCGCUGGUCUCAGCGGUCAAGCAAUGACGGAUGGCGGAUCCAUGUCAGCGCGUGCUAGUAUAUCCAGCCCUGAUGAUAUGACCAACAACUCGAAGUUCAGUCCCUCGCUUUCGAUAAUGGGUACGCCUAGUAUCGAGAAUGUAAGCGCUGGCACCGCUAGUGAACCGGGAACAACACCAGCAAUGGCAUACAAUGUUGAUCAAAUUGAUGGAUACUUCAACCUUCAUCAAGUGCGAGGCUCUGCUGGUCCUCCUGGUACUCGAACUCGGGGGUCAAAGUCCAGACAGAAUCUAUUUCCGUCGAUGCCAGCCUCGCCAAGCGUAUCUCGCUCAAAGUCAGUUCGCGAGGAAGAUUGGUUGCGUCGGGAGUCAAGUACCACUGAUCAAAUCUAUGACAACGGACGUCCGACCCCGGCUUCUGUUACUACCCGCAGCUUGUCUCGUAACACUUCGACCACGUCUGUGAUUACACAUUUACAGCGAGAAGGCAUCUCGAUAUCUGAACAUAUAUUUCAGUUGAUGCUAAAUUCUGUGCCGCUUCACCUUUUCUUAGCCAAAGCAUCGUCCGGUGAAGUGUUAUGGACCAAUUCUAAAUUUGACGCUUACCGUCGAAGUCAGCCGCAAGACCAGUCUAUCAGAGACCCUUGGCAGAAUAUCCACCCGGGUGAGGUGGAAUCCAUAUCGAAGCAGUGGCUCAAAGCUCUACAGACAGGCUCUCAAUUCACUGAGAGAGUGCGAGUAAAGCGCUUUGGCGACGAUAAUGUCUACAGGUGGUUCAUCUUCCGCGCAAAUCCGUUACUAUCCCAAACCGGGCAAGUUGUUUCGUGGAUUGGUUCAUUCCUAGACAUACACGAGCAGCAUGUCUCUGAGCUGCAGGCCGCACAAGAACGCGAAGUCUUUGCGACCAAUGUGAAAUAUCGAGCCCUCGCCAAUUCUAUUCCUCAAAUAGUUUUUGAAGCCACUGAGCUUCGGGGGCUGAUCUCAGCGAAUGAACAGUGGCAUUUGUACACUGGUCAAACGACAGAAGAGGCAAUGAACUACGGUUUCACUACGUAUAUCCAUCCCGAUGAUUUGGAAAAAUGCGGUGUCUUAUCUUCGGAGAUUACUAGAGUGAGAACCACGAAUGACGCGGCUUCAGCCUCUGUAUCACACCCUGAUGUCGCUCCCCUCAAGCUGUUUCCAAAUGGAGUGACACCUUGUUUGCUUGAGCUUGUUAAUCAAGGUAUAGUCAAUUCUCAGCAAGAUGAGAAUGGGCGUAUCUUCUACACCACCGAGCUCCGGAUACGGACAAAAGGCGGCGGUUAUCGCUGGCAUCUGGUCCGACUCGUCAAAGUGGAAGCGAGCAACUUUGGCGAUGGUGAGGCAUCAUGGUACGGUACCUGUACUGAUAUCAACGACCGGAAGCUCUUGGAACGCGAAUUAAACAAAGCGAUGCAGAAGUUGAACCGGGAGAUGGAAUCAAAGACAAAAUUUUUCAGUAACAUGUCUCAUGAGAUUAGAACGCCAUUGAACGGUAUACUCGGAACAAUUCCGUUCAUCCUCGACACAGCGCUAGACAAUGAGCAGCGUCGCAUGAUGGACACGAUUCAGAACAGUUCUACCAAUCUUCGUGAAUUGGUUGACAACAUCUUGGAUGUUUCACGCGUUGAAGCCGGAAAGAUGAAUAUGGUCAAGUCCUGGUUUCACCUUCGCUCUGUGCUUGAAGAUGUCAUUGAUACCGUUGCCUCCCGAGCCAUUGACAAGGGCAUCGAAAUCAAUUAUCUCAUGGAUACCGAUGUUCCCGACAUGAUCAUUGGUGAUAGAUUCCGCAUUCGACAAGUACUCAUCAACCUUAUGGGAAAUGCUGUCAAGUUUACCGGUCACGGAGAAAUCUACACUCGAUGCUCCGUUUACCAUGACCCUGAAGUUCCACUCAAGGAUACCGAGUUGUUACUGAAUUUUGAGGUUGUUGAUACCGGAAAAGGUUUCAGUGAUACGGAUGCUGAACGAUUGAUGCAACGAUUCAGUCAACUCGGUGGAAAUGGGUCCCAGCAAAAUGCUGGCAGCGGGCUUGGACUCUUUUUGUCGAAGCAAUUGGUCGAGAUGCACGGUGGUAAAUUGACCCCUAGUAGUAGGGAAGGGCAAGGUGCCAAAUUCUCCUUCUACAUCAAAGUCGACGCACCUCCGCAGGUAUCAGAUCCCUCGUUGACACGACAGUCAUCUAACAUGUCCGAUUCUGCAACCGCUGCGUCUCAGGGGAGCUCGCAGCCCCGUAUUCCCUUGCAGUCAAACAAUUCGACCGAUUCCAGGAUAUUCAAUUUCCAAGACAUGUCUCCUGCUCUUGACAUGUCUCCCAUGACAGACCUUUCUAGUAGCCCGGAUCACUCCAUUCAUCCCGGUUUCUACUACCCAUCUGGUUCGGCAGCAUCUCCUACAAUACCGACUCCUGACUCUUCUGCUCCCACCGACUCGGCUUCAAAAGUCGGUCCAUCUCCAUUGGCAAGGGAAUCUCUUAUUGCGGAAACCAUGGAAAUUAAUGAACCGUUGGUACAGUCUACGCCUACCAUUGAGAAGACUUUGGCGUCCAGUUAUCUUCCGCCAGUUAUCUACUCAGUCCUUAUCAUCUGUCCUCUUGAUCAUGCACGAGAAGCUGUUAGGCAGCAUAUUGAGCAAGUUAUACCUCUUGAGGUUCCUGCAACAUCAACGGCGGUGGCUGAUUUAGAAGAUUGGAAGGACCUAAAGGAGACUAGCAACUCGGUUAUAUUCUCGCACGUUGUCUUGGAUUUCCCCGGCGGUGACGAGAUCAUGGAAGCCUUGCAGCAUGUGCUGACGUCGGAUAUGAAGUCGAAACCAUCAAUAGUCAUUAUCUGUGAUUUGUAUCAAAAGCGUCAGAUUAAUGGCAAGAUUGAAGAAUUGAUAUCGGCUGGCUUCAAAGUCGAUACUGUGCCGAAACCAGUAAAGCCUUCGUCAUUCUCCAGAAUCUUCGAUCCGGACAACAGACGUGAUUUGAGCAAGGAUCGAAAUCAAGAUAUGGCACGGGAAGUCAAUAACAAUUUCAAGACAAUGUCCAAGAUGGUCAAAGAGGUUAUUGGAAACAAGGGAUACCGUAUUCUACUGGUUGAGGAUGACGAGACCAACCGUAUGGUCAUGUUGAAAUAUUUGGACAAAGUUAAAGUGGUCUCGGAGACGGCAAGCAAUGGACAAGAAUGCUUGGACAUGGUACUAUCGCACGAACCAGGUUACUAUUCCUUGAUUAUUUGUGAUAUUCAAAUGCCCAUCAAGAACGGAUACGAGACUUGUCGGGAAAUUCGAGCCUGGGAAGCCAAAAAUCACUUUCAUCAAAUUCCCAUAAUGGCGCUGUCUGCCAAUGCGAUGACUGAUCAGAUCGAUGACGCAGCUCGGGCUGGAUUCAAUGACUAUGUGACCAAGCCAAUCAAACACAAUGAGCUUGGCAAGAUGAUGAUGAGUCUUCUUGAUCCUAAUACACCCGGAACUUUACUACGAGAUCGCAAAGAUUGGCGGCAACAAAAAGCUUAG